AUGGAGCAUGUGGUGCUGCAUUACCGGCCUGGACCUGCAGGGGGCCUCAGCUCCCUGUUGGAGACCACAGAGAAGCUCCUGGAGCCGUUCCCCUGCCGGGCCCCCCCGGCCUUCACCCCCUGGUUCCCUCCCGAGGCCUCAGCCGGCCUCCGGAUGCCCCUCAGACCUGCCCGACCACCUCCGGUCAUCCCCCCCACCGGGGCCCCCCCCGACAGCCCUCCCAGACCCAGAGAGGCCCCCGGCCCCCUCCAGACCAGGCAGCCGGGGGGCCAGUGCUCCUGGAGCCUGUUCACGCAGAGGGGAGGCCCCCCCCCCCGGCUCCAGCCCCCCUCCAGGAGCUUUGCAGACAUGGUGGCCCUCCACGGGCUCCACCUCCGGCAGAGGGCCAAGUGGGUGAUCGCCCAGCACAACUGCAGGGACGUGGAGAAGGCCUGGCGCUCGCUGAGCCGCUGCCCCCGGGGCUCCCGGCUGCCCACCUGCCACGCCACCCUCCGGAGGGGCCGGGCGGAGAUCUGGGUGUUCUGCGACCUGCUGGUGUCGGAGCAGGUGGGCCGCUUCCUGAAGGUCCAGCUGGGGCUGACCGGGAGCAUCCGGCUGAGCGUGCACCGGCUGGGGGACGUCUUCAGCCUCUAG